GUCGACGAUCAUGACUUUGCCUUCAGUGCAUGUAUCAUCAGCCCAGCUUCAGCUGACGUUUCGCCAGCAUUAAUACUCGGACGACUCGUUGCCACUACUAUUCUGUCCUGUUUUGUAUGAGCAUGCUGCUGGACCUUGGCCCCCCGUGCCAUGUCCCUCGGUCUUCGCCACCACUCAACGCGCCCUCGCCUACGCCCAUUUUUGUCUACACUUGACCAACUUCUAGAGAACACAUCUGGAUUCGAGUAUUGCCUCGUGUCCCAUUCGCUUGCGUCGGCUUCGACGUCGUCAGCUUCGCCUGCACCUAUAGUACCGUCCAUUCAUUUUGCCAGAAGUUCAAUCAUGCAAACAGUUGGCUCGUGCCCUCACAGAAGCUCGGAUCUUGCCUGGAGCCUCCACACCACGUUCAAAGGUAACCCGCACGAACCCCAUCACCCAACGCUCGUUCCAACCUGUUGACUUGAGACAUCAAAAAAAAAGAGAAAGAGUCUCAUGUCGCUUCGACUAUCUGCAAACCAUCCCUCGUCUCUUCUGGCUUCAUCACUUCAGUCUUGUUAAACCACUAAUAAUUUGGGCCAAACCCCAGCCUCGCGGAUUUUACCAACUGGGAGAUUGAUCUCGACUGCGAAUUGGACCAGCCACACCACAAUUCAUUCUCGACUCACCUCACAGCCAACUCACUCUCGACCACCGAUUCUUGCCUUUUGCGCUUUCUCCUUCCUCCUGCUCCUCCUCCUCAACUCAAUGCCUCUCUCUCUCAUAUCGCUGACACCUUGAAACCACCCUGCUGGGCCCUGGAAUCAACCUUCCGCACCUAGCCAGCCAUUUUCUUCCCUCCACCACCUUGCUCUCCAUGCUAUCCUUUCUCCCAAAUUGAUCUCUCAACCAUUGUGCUCGCGCUGUGAGCGCUUCCCACCCUGAAGUCAUUCGAACCCUCGCUUCUCCUCCCAUCUGACGAAUUGUCGCGCCAGCACCAUCCUCACCUUGACGACCUUUACGAAUAUUACGACCCUCAAGACCCUCCUCUCCUCCCUCCACAACGCCAACAACCUUUUCCACCCGCCCUCUCCCCUUCUCGUCCAUCUUCCCACUCGUCCGCUAGUGGGAGUCGUACCCUCCGGCGCACCCCUAAACUUCAACACGCACGAGUUCUUUCACUUGCUCCAAGGCCUAGACAUUCUCCGUUCGGUCCUCGCGUCACUCCCCGGCCGACCCAAAGACCUCUGUCCCGGCCCGACACACCUCCCCUCCGAAUCGACGAAUCCGCCUCCGCUUCGCCUCGUGAUUUCCAGAGACUCGUUCAAGACACCACCUUCUGGCCCAAGCGAUCCACCCGCAUCACCAGAUCCACCCACGACGCCAUCGUCUUUGCGUUGGAAACCAUCAGAUCCGGCAGCGGUGUCAACCCCCAACCUCUGACCGCCGAUUUGCUCGAAGAGCAGGCUCGGAUGUCAGAUCUGCUUCGGGGAGACCCGUCCGGCCCACUCGCUGCAUCAGGUCGAUCUCAAAAUGGAGGAGCUGCGGCUCGGACAGCGGCUGCUGCCGCCGACCCUGGACCGACCCCGACGAGGCCUCCCAGAUACCGGACGCCUACAGAGGUGAUGCGUGAACGAAGGGCUAGGGAAGCUCGCAGAGCAGAUGAAGCCGCCCGUGAACAGCAACGACAACUGCUACAGCAGGCCGAACAAGAAGAGAGCAGAAGACAGCCAGAAGAACGACUUGUUGGCGUUGUGGAUGACCCCAACACAAGAAGAACCACCCGGAGGGCUUCGAACCAACCUACGCAAACCAAUCCUGCGGUAGGAUCAUCAACUCAGCUCCCAACCUCCGCCAGACGGCAAGAGAAUGUCCCGCCCAUGCCCGACCCUUCCCACACCAGAAUGGCAUCACAGCAGAGGCCGGGCCAACAACCGCCAAUUCAGCGUGUUAUAUCCGCAAACACACAACGAAAUCGAACCGAGGCUUAUGAUCAAUUGAACAUCCCCGCAACCGCACGGCCGGCGCCCACGACUCGUCCAGAUCAAUCACAGCCACAACAACCACUUCCCAUCCAACCCGGUCCAUCAAACAUUCCACACCAACCACCUCCUCAACCCGUAGCGCAGCAGCAACCUGCACCCACAACCCAGGCCAAUCGAGCCCGGUUCCCCAACGCCUUUGACCGCUGGGAGGAACUUUCUUCCCACUGGGAAGGCGUGGUCUCAUCGUUUCUUCGUCGUUUGCAGGAGAACGAAAAUGAGCUGGCCGCCAAGCCCAUCGACCGACAGAUUGCCCGACAGAUCGAAGAUCUCUCCGCCGCCGGCGCGAAUUUGUUUCACGCCGUUGUUGAGUUGCAGAGAUUGCGAGCGUCCUCGGAGCGCAAGUUUCAACGCUGGUUCUUCGAAACUCGCAACGAUCAAGAGCAGGCUGCCGCACGCCAGGCCGAACUGCAACAACAGUUGGCUUCUGAGCGAGAAGCGCGAUCGCAAGGCUCCACGUCCAUAGAGGCGGCACGUGCGGAGCAGGCCAAAGCCGAGGAACUGGUCAAGGAGAUGCGGAGAGAGCUUCAGAUCAGUAAAGAAGAAGCACGAAGAGCAUGGGAAGAAUUAGGUCGCCGAGAGCAAGAGGAACGAGAGAGAACCAUCGCGCUGCGAUCUGGCGAACCGACACUCAUUGGUGGCGUCCAAGUCGUCCCGAUGCAAGGUCUGCCUUCCCGUCAGAUCUCAACCAUCCAGCGCCCUCAGACCCGAGACGGUCCAGUUGUCGGCGCCGGGCCUGGGAUUCUCUCAGGCAUGAGUGCACAAGACCAAAUGCCACUCCCCGUCUCUCAACAGGGCCCCCCUUCGAGAAGCCAAACGACGACCACGUCACUCGACUCGCCUGGCGAGGAGUCUCGCCAGUUCAGUUUUCAACCCGGGGGGCCCGAGCCUGAACACUCUCCCACCGUUACUGACCCCUACACCGACUCAUCUCAUCACGGCACUCGGUCAUCGCGACAGCAGCAACAUCCACUACGCCAUGAAUCCGACUCACAGUUUUACACAGUCCCAUCUCCCCGCGCUACUCAGCCCCCCACAUCUGCCGCCGCAAUCGCCGCCGCACGAGCUGUGACCAGUGGAGCAAUCGGGCAAUUGCCAUCCCAAUCCUACUCGCAACCCCCACCGAUACGUUCCGGCACCGCGGGCACAGAUCGAAGUUUCAUCCCCUCCACAGGCUCCGCUGCUUCGGAGGAAGAAUACCAUAUCAAUCCUGAUGGAACCUACACCAGGGAUGACCGUGGAAGACGGAUUCCGUACCGUCAAGCCGCUCACGAGUCCACAGGCACGGCGUCUGGGCUCGGUCAACACCAGCUUCGAGGGGAAAGUGAUGUUGGCGAAAUACCAUCAUCUCCCAUAUCGCCCGACGAUGACGAUGACGACGAUGACGACCAUACUGCCGACGCCGAGCGGGAAAGGACGUAUGCAGCUCAGUAUCGUCAACAACAAGACCAAACUCGGCCUCGGCCACCUCAACAGCAAUCUGGGUCGCAGCAUCAAUACCUGUCGUCCCCACCAACUAGCGGGACCGGUGCGGUACCGAGAUCAUCACCAUCUGCACUGCCUCCGAUCCCACAGGGUCAGGAGGUCAUGUCUCCCGACUAUGAAGGUGCGGGCUACGGCUCAAGUGAUCCGCCAGGAACGGGCUGGGAGAGCCUUAAUGUCCAACCACGACAUCGGCACCCGACGCGCCUGAGCGAUAUUAUCGAGGAGCAAACGGCGAGAACAUCGCCGAGUCGGACCAGCUAUAUCAGCGGCGGUGGUGGCCCAUUCUCGCCGAGCGAGGGCUUACCCUUGCCCACGACCACCGCGGCAGGAUUUGGUGGGAGUAAUGUCAGGAGAUAGAACAUCAAACCAAUGGAUACGGGGUCAGUGUGCCUCGUAGACAUUUUAGACGCCGUCAGAUUGCCACAGCAGGACGAUUGGAGCGUGGAAAAGCGGGCAGAGAAUAAUUCUGAACCCUGGGUGUGUGUCUCUACCGUGAAAGCGAGGGUUCGACAUCGACUGAAUGUGCAACAUAAUUUGUAUCAACUCCAAAAAGGCACUGGGCGGCAUCUUGCAUAAUGCGGUAGUUUGGGAUCGGACAGGAUGUGAGUAUAUUGGGGGAUGUGAUGGCAGACGAGGAUCGUCGAGAGUAUGUCAGCGAUAGGAAGAGAGAUGGGCGCAAACAGGACGGCAAACACGUUUGCUAAGCUGGCGGACAGCUUUAGGUAGACAGAGCUUCAACAAUGAGGCAUGUAGCAGCGUCGUCCAGAACACUAGAUUUAUUAUUUAGUCAUGGGAGGUCUCAAGGGUGAUGGCAACCUUUGUGAAAU